UGGGCCUUGUGAAGAAAUAAAACGCUUGUUUGCUGCAGGAAAAGGAAGAGAACCCAGCAUCCCGGCCACCAGUAGAGCACGAGGCUUGUGCCCACAGUUACCAGGGAGUUACAUGUUCACAGUUGUAGUUUAUGUCAUGAUUUCCCAGCGGACGAGGAUAGAAAUGUGAGUAACUACUUAGAGAUCUCACGGAAUCUAGGGGAUAAAUGUCCUCACUAAUUUUAGUACACUGAAACCCGGAUAAGAAAGUCACCCCUUCUUGAAGGAAGUUCCUACCUGCAGCUGCUGGUGUCGGUACUGGAAUCUCCUGGCUGGGUGACCUUCAAUGCCCUUGCCUCCUGACUGGGUUCUCAGAACUGUCACCUUCCCGGAGCCCAGGGAGAGAGCCGCAGGAGUGCCCUACCUACCUUCCUAUGCAGCUCUCAACAUGGCGGGGAUCCCAGGACUCUUCAUCCUUCUCCUCCUGCUCUGUGUCUUCAGGCAGGUGAGUCCCUACAGUAGUCCAUGGAAACCCACUUGGCCGGCUUACCGCCUCCCUGUAGUCUUGCCUCAGUCUACCCUCAACUUAGCCAAGCCAGACUUUGAUGCCAAAGCCAAACUGGAGGUGUCCUCCUCAUGUGGACCCCAGUGUCACAAGGGAACACCACUGCCCACCUAUGAAGAGGCCAAGCAGUACCUUUCCUAUGAAACCCUCUACGCCAAUGGCAGCCGCACAGAGACUCAGGUGGGCAUCUACAUCCUCAACAACGCCGAAGGCAGGGCACGAGGUAGAGACUCCGAGGCUGCGGGAAAAUCUCGCAGGAGGAGGCAGAUUUAUGGCUAUGACGGCAGGUUUAGCAUUUUUGGGAAGGACUUCCUGCUAAACUACCCUUUCUCAACGUCGGUGAAGCUGUCUACAGGCUGCACCGGCACCCUGGUGGCAGAAAAGCACGUCCUUACUGCGGCACACUGCAUACACGACGGGAAAACCUACGUGAAAGGGACGCAGAAACUCCGAGUGGGCUUCCUGAAGCCCAAGUAUAAAGAUGGCGGCGGAGGGGACAACAGCUCGAGCCCAGCCGUGCCUGACAAGAUGAAAUUUCAGUGGAUCCGGGUGAAACGCACCCAUGUGCCCAAGGGGUGGAUCAAAGGCAACGCCAAUGACAUCGGCAUGGAUUAUGACUACGCCCUUCUGGAACUCAAGAAACCCCACAAAAGGAAGUUCAUGAAGAUUGGGGUGAGCCCUCCAGCUAAGCAGCUCCCAGGGGGCAGGAUCCACUUCUCUGGUUAUGAUAAUGACCGGCCAGGCAAUUUGGUGUACCGUUUCUGUGAUGUCAAAGAUGAGACCUACGACCUUCUCUAUCAGCAGUGUGAUGCCCAGCCUGGGGCCAGUGGUUCAGGGGUCUAUGUGAGGAUGUGGAAGAGACCACAGCAGAAAUGGGAAAGAAAAAUUAUUGGCAUCUUUUCGGGCCACCAAUGGGUGGAUAUGAAUGGCUCUCCACAGGAUUUCAAUGUGGCAGUCAGAAUCACUCCUCUUAAAUAUGCGCAGAUUUGCUACUGGAUUAAAGGGAACUACUUGGAUUGCAGGGAGGGUUGACCCGGCCCGGCCGCUUCUUCCUGCCAGCACUCCAGGGUCUUUGGGCUCGUGUUGUAGGAGACCCCAGCUUUUUAUCAUUGACUCUUGUACCUGUGUGUUGUAUAAUAUCUUUUACCCAACGUUUUUCAAGUGGCAAAAUGAUUGGCUCUAUUAUUUGAAAACUGGUGUGUGCAUCAUAGCCUUUAAAGGGUCUGAAAGCAUACUUUUGUAUAGAGAUUUUGAAAUAUUGAUGUUUGGGGCACUAGGGAAUAUUUGGCAAUUAAGUUAAACUUUCAGUUUUUUGGAGAACUCUUGGUUUUUGUCUUAUCCAAGCUUGCUUCAAAGGUUUAUAUUAAAUAUGUGAUAUAUGGAGGAUUUGAAUUCCUAUGUUUGUAUAUGUAUCUGUUUCCUUCGGAGAGUCAUAUAUUGAUAUUUUUGUAAUGUGUGGUUAUAAUGCAUCUGGAUGGCGACAUCAUACACUUCAGUAGGCAAUUAUAAUGUCUUUGAUUCAACAUUUACAUAGUAGUCCUUGAAGAGAAACAAUAAUUUAUUGGCUAUAUUGAUGCACAUAUAAAACUGUAUCUUACAGUAAACAGAACUUCCA